CUUCCCAGCUCCCAGUCCUCUCCAGCACCGUUCACCUUCUCACGAGUCACAGCACACUGCCACUCCGGCGAAACCCCAAGCGCCACCCGCCUCCCCGCGCCGCUGCGGCCAUGCUCCUCUCCGGCCCGCCGGCGGCGCCCACCCCGCCGCUGCUCCUCCCAGAGAGCAGCGGCGAGGACGGCGGCCACGACUCCUCCUCCCGCGCCGCCGCGGCGGCGGCGGCGGGGUCGGCGCCGAAGAGGCGCGCGGAGACGUGGGUCCGGGACGAGACCCUCUGCUUGAUCGCGCUGCGCCGCGAGAUGGACGCCCACUUCAACACUUCCAAGUCCAACAAGCACCUGUGGGAGGCCAUCUCCGCCCGGAUGCGGGACCAAGGGUUCGACCGCUCCCCUACCAUGUGCACAGACAAGUGGCGCAACCUUCUCAAGGAGUUCAAGAAGGCGCGCAGCCACGCGAGGCACAACGCCGGCGGCGGCGGCGGCGGCGCCGGAGGGAGCGGCAACGCCAAGAUGGCGUACUACAAGGAGAUCGACGACCUGCUCAAGCGCCGCGGGAAGGAGAGCGGCAGCGGCGGCUGCGUUGCCAGUGGCAGUGGCGCCGGGAAGAGCCCCACAUCCAACUCCAAGAUCGAGUCCUACCUACAGUUCACGACAGAUAACGGCUUUGAAGAUGCUAACAUUCCCUUUGGUCCUGUUGAAGCAAAUGGUAGAUCGAUACUGAGCAUCGAUGAUCGUUUGGAGGAUGUCAGGCAUCCGCUUCCCUUGACAGCUGCUGAUGCAGUUGCAACCAACGGUGUGAACCCUUGGAAUUGGAGAGACACCUCAACUAAUGCUUCACAAGUUGACGAAGGUGCGCUUGGUGAAGGCUUGCUACCACCGGCUGAUUUAGCUGCAGGGAGUUCGUCACUGGCUAUCAUCACAAAUCUGGGGCCGGGGUCAGCAAGAAGCAGACACUUCCUGGAGCUGUCAACGAAGAGGAGAGUGCCCGAUUUUGCAAGAUCCGGACAGCACACUGCCAGAUCUAGUGGCGGUGGAGAUAAUCAGGGCACUUUUGGCGGGAGAGUCAUUUUAGUCAAGUGGGGUGAUUACACUAAAAGAAUAGGAAUUGAUGGUACUCCUGAAGCAAUUAAGGAAGCCAUCAAAUCAGCAUUUGGACUAAGAACAAGACGAGCUUUCUGGCUUGAAGAUGAAGAUGAGGUUGUUCGUACCUUGGAUAGGGAUAUGCCAAUUGGGGCAUACACACUACAUCUUGAUGACGGGGUGACAAUUAAACUCUGCAAUGCAAACCGCAUGCAGACCCCAGAAGACAAGACAUUCUACACUGAAGAAGACUUCCGAGAUUUCCUCGCACGGCGUGGUUGGACAUUCCUCAGGGAAUAUGGUGGCUAUAGGAACGUUGAAAGCCUGGAUGAUCUUCGUCGUGGCGCGAUUUAUCAGGGGAUGCGGUCCCUCGGUGAUUGAUUUUGCAGCAUUUGCCUGGGCAAGGCAUGCAGUGCGUGCGUGCGCGUGCGCGCGCGCGCGUGUGUGAAGUGGAAGCAUAACAUAGUAAUACCAUUUAGUGUAAUUUGAGUCAAGCCAUCCUUUAUUCUCUGAGUAAGUGUAAAUAUUGCUGGCGAACACUGGUAACUAGAAUGUAAAUGUAGUAUUUGAUUGUAUGCUAUUGGAAUGUGCAGUAAGUGAUCCCUCCAGACAACUAGUAGAUUAUAUAUUUCCCUACAGGAAACCUGAAUUUGGCCAAGAUUUCCCAGGUGGGAAACCGUCUGAAUUGCUGGACAUAGGACGGCAGUGAAUGGGCAAAGCAGCUUGGUAUGAUGUGUAAGGCUGUUC